UUUAGGGAGAACAUUAUACCCUUCAUUCACUUCUCUUUCAAGUGCUCUAACACAUUUGCUCCUGGAGAAGGUACUUUCAGUAUGGAAUACCAUUUGGUGUAUCUGCUUCUUGCUGGCUUGUGCUUGAAUGCGUUGGGGAAAAGUAUUCAAGAAGAUGUAUCCGGCGAUGAAGCAAUGCACAAUCCUGACCUUUUUGAAGGAGAUAUACUGGGAGUAGAUGUUGAUGAGGAUAAGAAUGCUGUGGUGGAAAAACACAGAAUCUGGCCAAAUGGACGCAUUCCUUAUACUAUUGAUCCAAAAUUAACUCCACAAAUACCACAAAUCAAAGAAGCCAUGCAGCACUACGCAGAUAAAACAUGCAUCCGUUUUGUACCGAAAGAGGAUAAAGACAUGCAAUACAUUCGCAUAUUUCCUGGCAGAGGAUGCUAUUCUCAUGUGGGGAAAACCCUAAACGAUCAGCCUUUGUCUCUCGGAGCUGGGUGUUUCAAAUUUGGCAUCAUCGUUCACGAGCUCGGUCAUUCCGUUGGUUUCUAUCACGAGCAUUCUAGAUCAGAUAGAGAUGAUUAUUUGAACAUUCAUUAUGAAAAUAUACAGACUGGCAUGGAAAGCCAGUUUGUGAAGCUUAGGCCUAAACAAAACCAGUUGCUCACGCCUUUUGAUUAUGAUUCAAUUAUGUUGUACGGAGAAACCGUCUUCAGCAAGAGCCAUUACGACGGCCUGAAAACCAUGACUGCUAAAGAUGGCAGGAAACUGAAGGAAGUGACGGAUAAGCCUGGACUCAGUGAAAGUGAUAUUAUCAGAAUUUCCAAGUUGUAUAAAUGCUGAUAUCUUCAGUAAAACUAAGGAUAUUUUCAGUUAUCUUUUAAAUAAAAUGAACUAAUAAGGAAA